AUGUCUAAGAGAUUGUCUCUUCCUGAAUCCUAUCAGCCUUUAGAGCCCUUACUUAAAAAAGACCCUUCUUUUGAUCCCGAGGCUUUUUUAAAUGGUGCAAAGUCUGCAUUUAAAAUGAUUGUAGAAGCCUUUGCAAAAGGAGACCGAAAAACCUUAAAGCCAUUGUUGAGUCCAACAAUUUAUAAGAAUUUUAUUUCAGCAAUUGAGAAAAGAGAAAAAGAAGGAGAUGUCUUGGAAACCUCUGUAGAUGGUUUUCAGAAAGUAAAAAUUGUACAGUCUGGAAUUCGAGGGCGCUUAGCUGAAGUGACAAUUUCUUUUAUUUCAAACCAAGUUUCAAAGCUUAAACAAGCUUCUGGCGAAAUCAUAGAAACAGAUCCAGAGGGAUUUGAUGAGGUUGUGGAUACGUGGACUUUUGCGCAUGAUAUUCGGUCGAGCGAUCCAAAUUGGCAACUCGUCGGGGUAGAAGAGGAGGGGGCAUAG